CACUGCGGGUCCUGCUUUUAAUUUUUUGUAUUCUGUUUAAUCUCUGAGUGUCUCUCGGUAAUAAUUUGAAUUUUAUUUUUUUUAAAGUUCAAGCGUAGUAUUUUGAGCUUGUUAUGAAUCUGCAACGUUGAUAAAAACAAUUGAAAAUGAAUCCACAAUAUAUGCAGCAACAAGCUUCAUUUUAUGGAGCACAAACAAGUCCAUCUUAUAGAGAACCUAAUGCAAAUCUUCCACCAAACGGUGUCUCGUCAGGAAAUAAUGUGCCACCUACAAAUAUGCCACCAUUUGGAAAUAAUGCACAUCAAUCAUUACAACCAAUUCAAAACAAUCUUAUAGAUCAAAUGUCAAAUAUAUCUUUAUCUGGUCCGCCAAAGCCUGGUCCUCCUACACAAGCUCCUCCUCAGAUGUUUGCAUCACCUCAGAAUGGAAUAAGUAACCAAAAUCACGUUCCACCAAAUGGAGAUCCUACAAGAUCUGCUCAAGCACCACCACAGCAGAAGCCUCCAUCAGUACAAUCAAGUCUUCCAUUUUCACAAACAUCUUCCACUAUACCUCAAUUCCCAGGACAACAAUAUUCAGGACAGCCAGCAGAUUCUAUGUCAGGAUUAAACAUUCCAAGAAACACUCCAAACAAUAAUCAUAUGCCAGGAAAACAAAAUAGUUCACUUAUGCCAGGACAACAACCAAACCAGAUACGAGGAAUGCCAGUAGGUCAACCAUCGCUAGGUGGACCACAUGUAUCUGGUCAAACUUCUUCUUUUUCAUCAAAUCAACAAAAUUUAUCGAGCCCACCAAUGCCUGUGCAAAAUUUCUCAAGUUCUCAGCCACCAACAAGUCAGCCAAAUAUGGAAAGACCAUCACUACCUAGUCAACCUGGUCAUCUCCCUCGAAUUCCAGGACAGCAGCAAUUUAAUCAACCACCAGGUCCUCAACACUUAUCUGGCCCUCCAAUGGGAAAUCAAUCUAAUUUAUCAAGACCACCAAUGCCAGGUCAACCAAAUUUCCAGUCUUUGCCUCCAUUUUCUAAUCAGAGACCUGGACAGCAACCAUACAUGUCAGGUCCUCCAUUACCAGGACAGCAAAAUGGUCCUUAUGGCAUAAAUCAAGGAUAUCCACCUCAACCUGGACAACCUCCUAUGUUUGAAAACCAGCCAACAUAUCCAGGUGGAAUGCCAUCAGGGCCUGGAUCUUAUCCAGCUGCUCAAGCUCAACAAGGGAAAAAACUUGAUCCUGAUCAGAUGCCAAGUCCAAUUGCAGUAUUCCAAGAUGAUCAAAAAAUGAAAGGAGGUGAUUUUAUAACGAAUCAAAAAGGAUUGGUCCCUCCAUUAGUUACCACCAAGUGUAUUGUGCAUGAUCAAGGAAAUGCAUCCCCGCGAUUCAUAAGAUCUACAAUGUACAGUGUUCCUACAACUUCUGACAUUAUGAAGCAUACGCAAGUUCCAUUUGCUUUAAUAUUAUGCCCAAUGGCUCAAGUUGAAGAUAGUGAAUAUGAACCACCAAUUGUUGACAUGGGAGAAAUUGGUCCAGUACGUUGCAUUCGUUGCAAGGCGUACAUGUGUCCAUUUAUGCAGUUUAUUGAUGCUGGCAGGAGAUUCCAAUGCAUGUUUUGUAAAGCUACGACUGAAGUUCCAGCUGAGUACUUUCAACAUUUAGACCACACUGGUCAGCGACUAGAUCGUCACGAAAGACCAGAAUUAGUGCUUGGAACAUUUGAAUUUAUUGCCACAAAAGAUUAUUGUAGAGACAAUAUUCUUCCAAAACCUCCGGCACUUAUUUUCGUUAUUGACGUCUCGUACAACAAUAUCAAAUCUGGCUUAGUCAAUUUACUGUGUUCUGAAAUAAAAAAUAUUCUAAAAAAUUUACCAAUCGAUGCCGGACAACAAAAAUCGAAUAUGAAAGUUGGUUUUAUAACCUACAACAGCAGCAUCCAGUUUUAUAAUUGUAAAGCCAAUCUUGCUCAGCCACAAAUGUUGUACGUUAGUGAUGUACAAGACGUUUUUAUGCCACUUCUAGAGGGUUUUUUGUGUGACCCAGAAGAAAGUGAAUCAACCAUUGAUAGUUUAAUGGGACAAAUUCCAAUCAUGUUUGGAGAUACUCGAGAAACAGAGACGAUGCUUGGACCAGCAAUUCAAGCUGGAUUGGAAGCUCUUAAAGCUGCUGAAUGUGCCGGUAAACUUCUUAUAUUUCAUUCGUCGUUACCAAUCGGAGAAGCACCAGGAAAGCUCAAAAAUCGUGAUGAUCGUAACGUACUUGGAUCGGAAAAAGAGAAAAGUAUUUUAGCCCCGCAGACCAAUUUCUACAAUACUUUAGGUCAAGAUUGCGUAGGUGCUGGAUGUAGCGUUGAUUUAUUCCUUUUCAAUAACUCGUACAUCGAUGUUGCUACUAUUGGUCAAAUCAGCAGAUUGACUGGUGGCGAGAUAUAUAAAUACACAUAUUUCCAAGCUGAUAUUGACGGCGAGAGACUGAUUACAGAUAUAAUCAAUAACAUAAGUAGACCAAUUGCCUUUGAUGCCGUGAUGCGUGUUCGAACGUCGACCGGUGUGAGACCAACCGAUUUUUACGGGCACUUGUACAUGUCCAACACGACAGAUAUUGAAUUAGCUAGUAUAGACUGCGACAAAGCUAUUGCUAUCGAGGUCAAACACGAUGAUAAAUUAACAGACGAAGAGGGUGUCUACAUUCAAGCCGCUCUUCUUUACACGUCUUGCAGUGGUGUGAGACGAUUGCGAAUUAUUAAUUUGAGCUUGAAAACUUCUUCUAUGAUCACGGAAUUGUACAAGUCUUGUGACUUGGACGCCAUGAUCAACUUCAUGUUAAAACAGAGUGUAAGCAAAUUAGUAGAGUACUCGCCAAAGCAGAUAAAAGAUGGGCUCAAUACUAGAGCUGCCGCGAUGUUGGCUGCUUACAGAAAACACUGUGCUAAUCCAUCAAGUGGUGGACAAUUGAUUCUACCAGAAUCUAUGAAAUUGCUGCCGCUAUAUAUUUGCAGUAUGAUAAAGAGUGAUGCUUUAACUGGAGGUGCUGGCAUAACGGUGGAUCAGAAGGCUUUCGUUAUGAUGUUGAUCUCCUCUAUGCCCAUCAUUGAAACAGUUGCGUAUGUAUACCCAAGAUUAUUGGCAUUGCACAAUCUUCAAGGUAAUGGGUUUCCACCAAUGCUACGCUGUUCAAUUGACAGAUUUGAAGAUAAUGGUGUUUAUUUGUUAGAAAAUGGAAUUCACAUGUUUAUGUGGUUGGGUUUGAACGUAAAUACCCAAUGGAUUCAGGCUGUUUUUGGAGUAGCGUCUGUUGCACAAGUUGAUACCGAUAAAACUGGUAUUCCUACACUGGAUAAUGCUUUGAAUAAACAAGUCAGAGAGGUUAUCAGCCAAGUGCAAAGUGAAAGACGAUAUUGCAUGAGGUUAACGCUCACAAGACAACGAGAAAAGAUGGAAAUGGUUAUGCGUCAUUAUUUGGUUGAAGAUCGAGGAAACGAUGGGUCUUUGAACUAUACUGAUUUCUUAUGCCACAUGCAUGGAGAAAUUCGCUCCCUUCUCAGUUAAUGUAUAUAAAAUUUACAUCAACAUGAAACAUUUUUUAUAGUGCUAUAUUAUUGUUUACACAACAGCGCUAAGAAAUAUUUGAUAAAAGAAAUAUAUACACACAAUUUAUUUAUAACUGUUUUAGUCUAUUUUAGAAAUAAGCUUACAAAGGUUUUGUUUAUUGAACACGUUAAUUUUGAAGGUUAUGCAAUUUUAAAAAAUUUGUUCUAAAUAUUGAAAAAAAAUUUCGAUUUAGUUAAGAAAUUGAUUUCAUGAUUUAGCAACCAGUACUACAUGCUUUGUAAAAUAUACUUUAUAUUAUUUGAAAUAUACAAGAAAGAAUGAAUGUAAGAAUUGUUAUAUAUACAUACUGAUACAUAAUCUAAUGGGUAAUUGUAAAAUUAAAAU